GCUCACAGCAGGCAUAUUUUGGGGGAGGUGUGGGAUGGACGGUUGCAGGCUUAUUGGUGCCAAAACGGCUGAGGCAUCCCGCAGUGAUGUAAUAGAGCCCCGACUAGGACGCGGAUCCUGGCUCUGCAACGCUUUGGCGAUAAUGCGAUCGGCAACUCUUAUUCCAAGAACGGCGAGUCGCACAUGGCGGCUCGGCUCUAUAUUGCGCCUUUUCUCUGCAACCGCCAUCUUCACGAUAUCCGUCCCCUCCAGCGCUCGGUGUGAGCCUUGCUUAAAUAGCAUAGUGCCCUAGUCGUACCCAGAAAUAGCUCCAUGCAGAAUAUUCAGCCUGCUAUUUCUCUUUCCAAU